CCGGCAGUUCCGAUCCAACAGCCGUCGAGGUACAACGUACCUUCCCAGUGAUUUCGACAUCGUUGGGCCAGGGCGUGUUUGGUCGUUUCGCGAACGUCGGUACGUGCUCGAAAUUCACAUGACUAUAGUCGUUGGCGCAAGCCUUACCGCGAACAGCACGUGCUACCUGUGUCCACAAUAACUUACAGGCGCGUUCGAAAGUAACGUCGCUUCGUACCGGGCGGUGCCACCAUCAUCGGAGAAAGGAAUCAAUCAAAACAAAACUGAAACGAACAGGUUUCUACUUCUUCGAUCCGUAACGAAAUCCCGUCAUAAAACCACCUGUAAAUCGGCCCGGCGCCGAAGCCAUUCGACCUCUUCCCAGAUGUGCCAUCAACAUAAAUUGCGAAUUUGAAUAGUGACCAAAUUUGCAUUUAUCGCACGACUAAGUUUGACAAAAGUUACUAAAGAAUCGUAUAACGAGUUUGAAGCAGUUUUGUGCGGUGGAUCCAAUCAAUGAGGAAUUGGGAAAUCGCUGCCAAAACCAGGUGUACCGCGCCAGCGAUCGAAGUUUGGUUUGGGGAUAGUUUCGAAGCUGACAUGAAGCCAACAUAAAAUGCAACAAACAUCUGAAAAUUGACCGAAGUGAUCUAAUGUGUACAUUUGAAUAGUUGAGUGCAAACAGAUUCACAACCGAAAAGCGAUUUUUGGAUAGUAGCGCGAGUCGAGAGAUUGAACCAUGGCUACGAAACCGGAGCUGAGCAAAACGAUGGGUGCUGUGAAACAGACAUUGCUCUCAUUGUCCGUUUCGCUGUCCUACUUUUGCAUCGGCCUCGUUCGAGGUUACUCCGCCCCCGCGGUACCGUCCAUGAAUGACAUCAACCCCGGGCUGCUGCCGAGCAAAAACAUCGCCUCGUGGGUCAGCUCCAUUCCACCCUUCGGGGCACUUUUCGGCAGCUUGGUGGCGUUCCCGUUGAUGCACAAAAUAGGCCGCAAGUACACCGUGAUGCUGACGUCGCCGGUUUGGGUCGCGGCGUGGGUGCUGAUAGCAACGGCUGACGACUGGAAGGUGCUGCUGGUUGCCCGAAUGCUGUCAGGAUUCGGUGCUGGGCUGACCCUUCCCUCGGCGCAAAUCUACGUGAGCGAGUGUAGCGACCCCCGGAUUCGGGGAGUUAUUGGAUCAUUGCCUUCGCUUUCGAUGUCUGUCGGAAUAUUGAUAACAUACGUGUUCGGCAAGUACGUCGAAUGGCGAACACUGGCUUGGAUCUGUUGCGGAGUGGCAGUGUUUCUUUUCGUGGCGGUAAUAAGCUUUCCGCAGUCUCCAGUAUGGUUGAAAACGAAGAAGCGAUACGAAAAAGCUCAUAAUUCUGCCAAGUGGCUGCAUCUACAAGGUUUCACCUUCGACCCGCGAGCUCAUGACAUCCAAAAGGCAGUGGGCAACGGUACUUCAUUGGAGAAAAAAGAAAAACCCUUCUCCAAGGAAGCUCUCUUACGACGUGAAGUCCUGCUUCCCUUGGCCAUCGGAUUGGCAUUGCUCUCGAUUCAGCAGCUUAGUGGUAUCGACGCAGUAAUCUUCUUCACGGUGGAGAUCUUUCGAUCGGCAGGAAGCUCACUGGAUGGCCAUUUGGCAACAAUCAUCGUUGGAGCAGUGCAGGUUCUCAGUAAUUUAUCGGCGCUUUUUGUGGUGGACCGAGCUGGGCGGAAGCCACUGUUGAUCACAUCCGGUGUGAUCAUGUCGAUCGCCAUGGCAUCGAUGGGCGCAGCUUUUCAUCUCAAUUCGAUCGGCAAUACUAAUUUCGGAUACCUCCCAGUGGCAAGUCUCAUAGUAUUUAUGAUCGGAUUCUCCAUUGGAUUCGGCUGCAUUCCAUUCCUCUUGAUGGGUGAAUUAUUUCCAACAGCACAAAGAAGCUUGUUGAGUUCCCUGGCUGGCUCAUUCAAUCUGGCAGUGAUGUUCGUUGUCAUCAAAACAUACCAUCCUCUGGAAGAUGCCAUAUCGACAUCCGGGACUUUCUGGAUGUACAGUAUCCUGUGCGCCGUUGGGGUGAUAUUUGUGAUAACUAUCGUUCCCGAAACGAAAGGACGAGAUCUGGAAACCAUACACAAGUUGUUUGAGAAGCGGAGUUCGCUGACAUCGAAGAGUGAGAACGUGGAAACCGGCGUGAAGCAUGGUCAUGACAAUGCCGCCAUGAGUAGUGAAGAUGACAUAACUCCAUGCAGUGACGGCAAAAAAGGAGACACUAGGUUUUAAAAUGAUUAUUUAUUGAAAAUAAAGCCAUAAAAAAUAUUUAAAAAAUACGAGUACAUAUUGUUUUUCGGAUUUUUUUUAUCAAAUGUCACUUAUAUUAGAGUGAAUAAUAAAAAACUUCAAAGUAUGUUUAGAUUUGAAAUUGUUGCCAGAGUUUAAAGCUCAAAUAUUGAAGGUUAGUUUUAGAGACGUUUCAGAGAUUUAAUUUUUCAGCUCGCAUCUAAAGAUCUUUCUGUUUGAUCUACAUAGAUUCUGUCACACAGCACUGGAAGUGCACAUAACCCAAUAAUUUCUUAAGUUGACUGCCCCUAAUAUAACAUAUUCAAUCAAUGCCAAAUGUGUUGUUCAUAGGGGGGCAAAACCUUCUUAGUGGAUCAGCGUUCGCGGUAACGUAUAGUGUAAUAGUACUCUCUUGUUAUCC